CAAGAAAGCAGACUGCACAGUGCAUCACAGCUCGUCACUUACUGUAAGUCCUGGUUGUCUCUACAUGUUAAGUUGGACGUCUUGCUUUGCCUUUCUUCAUUAAAAUGGACAGUGCUUUUGAUAACCUGGAUGCAGCUGGUUUCCUGGAGAUCUGGCAACACUUCGAUGCAGAUGAUAAUGGCUACAUUGAGGACAAAGAGCUGGAUGACUUUUUCCGUCACAUGAUGAAGAGACUGGGUCCACGGGAGAAAGUGACUGAAGAGAGAGUCCAGAGGCUGAAGCAAAGGUUUAUGUCUGCCUAUGAUGUCACUGCUGAUGGAAAACUACAGAUUCAUGAGUUGGCCAAUAUGAUCCUUCCCGAGGAUGAGAACUUUCUGUUAAUUUUCCGCAGAGAAGCUCCUCUGGACAACAGUGUUGACUUCAUGAAGAUAUGGAGGAAGUAUGAUGUCGACUGCAGCGGCUACAUCUCAGCCAGGGAGCUCAAGGCUUUCUUGAAAGACCUGUUCCAACAGCAUCACAAGGAAGUGUCAUCGGACAAGCUGGACGAGUACACAGACACAAUGAUGAAAAUCUUCGACAAAAACAAGGAUGGCUGUUUGGAUCUGAACGACUUGGCCAGGAUCUUGGCUUUAGAGGAGAAUUUCCUGCUCCAGUUCAAGAUGGAUGCCUGCAGCAAAGAGGAGAGAAAGAGAGACUUUCAGAAGAUCUUUGAUCACUAUGACGUUAGUAAGACCGGAGCACUGGAGGGUCCUGAGGUGGACGGCUUUGUCAAAGACAUGAUGGGGCUGGUCAGGCCCAAUCUCACCAGUUCCGAGCUGGACAAGCUGCGUCUCAUUCUGCUGCGUCACUGUGACGUCAACAAGGAUGGAAAGAUCCAGAGAAAUGAGCUGGCUCUGUGUCUGGGAGUCAAACCUAAGCUUGGUUAAGAGAGCUGUAUUAUCUGAUUGUAUUAUGAAACACUGACUCUGUAUUCGUUGUGUAGUCAGCACUGGUAGGAUGUUGUGUUUUGAUCCGGACCGGUCUAAUUACUGGGUUAUUUAAGGUCAGUCUUAAUAAAGACUUAUUUGAUCAUGAAAAUGAUAGAAACACAAUUUGAUAUUGUGUGAUGGAAAUCUUCUAUGACUUGAAAUGACAGUGUUUCUUGUGCAUGUUGUAAGCCAAAAGAAAAGAAUGAGUUGUGAAAGAUUAUUUGGCUGUAAUGAUUGUGUCUGUGCUGUAAAAUUUGUGAUAUAUUAAUCAGUUUGAUAGUUUGAAAACAUGUUUUUGAAAACAUAGAAUGUUUUUCACUGUAAUAUAAAGUUUUCUUCUUUUUGUUUGGUGCUGGAGUUUGUUGGCCAUGAUUGAUGUUUGGUCAUUUGCAUGUUUCUCUGCUAAAGAAGGCUGAAGUACAGUAUGUUGUAAUUUUACUGGAAUGCGCAGCAGAGGAAAUAAAGUGAAAAUGAGCAUGUUGAUUAUCCUGUUCUCUUUAUUGGCUGUAAUUUUGAAUAUAAGAAUAAAAGUAUCAAACUUGUCAGUCAAAAUUUAAAUUAACAUUAAUUUAAUUUGUUUUUUAUUUAUUUACUAACUGCAGGAAGUAACAUUUUGAUCUGAUGAUACAAUAAAAUAUACAUAAAACA